UGUGCGCGGCCAUACCUGGCCCUACACACCUGGCAGCUGAGGGAGGUGUGGGUGGCGGAGCCUUAGAUGUGCGGAUGCCCCACUGGCACUGGCGCCGGGCUGCGGGGUGGCAGCCCUCAGGCAUUUGCUCUAUCACCUGUCUCUACCACCCCUCCUCUCUCCUUCUCCAUCCGCAUAAUCCCUCUGGGUCAGUUUCUGUCUUCUGUCUCUCUCUUUCUCCAGUUCUAUCAGCUCUGCGUUGUCUCUGUGGCCAGUGGGUUUUUCCUGCCUGUCCCUCUGGCUCUUUCUCGCAUCUGUCUGAAUCUCUGAGUCCACUUUCCUGGUCUCUGUCCUGGCUCCCCGGCCUCUACUUGAGGUUCUGGGGUCCUGGGAUGGGACCCCCCAUGAAGGGCUCCUCUGGAGGGACUGACCUGGGAGCAUCAGCCUGGGGGGAGGGGCUUUCACAAGCUCUGGGAUUGGGUGGAGGCUCAGGUGGGUAUGCCCUGGGAUGCCCACUGCAGUGUGUGGUCCCCUCGCAGCCUUCCCUGGGUCCCAGUGGGACUUCAGCUGACCUAAGCUGGGUGCUGGGUGAAAGAAACCUCGUUUCCCAGAAAGGCAGCCAUCCUGUUUUGCUGGGUGGGCACAGGAUCCCCUCCCCACAAGCAGCAGGGCAUCACAAGCAUUCCAGCCUGCCGGUCAGUGCCCUCCCUCCCAGCGCUCCUGCCCCUUGCACGUGGCCGCUGCUGUCCCCCGAGCCAGCGCCCAACGAGGUGUCUGCCUGCCAGAGCCCGCCCCCAUUUCUGCCUCUGGCCUAGUGCAGGUGGACAGUCUGAGGCUGGUGCCCACGAGUCCUGGCAGGACCUCUCUUCCCAGAGCCCCUGCUGUGUGGUCUCUGGCGGAGCUCCCUUGCCCCUGCGCCUGGCUUGAGUGGGCGUGGCCACACGCAGGCAGGAGGUCAGUUUCCCUUCGCCUUGGGUGUGCAGGGUGUCUGUUCUCAGGGAGGACUGAGCACUCCUGCCACCACCCCGCUGCAGCCUGGGCACACCGUGUGGGACCUGUCCCUCAGCGCCCCCUCUGAGGGUGGGCUCAGGCAGGGAGCAGCAGUGAGAGAGGUCCAGCCUGGGCUGUGGGUGCUGGGCCUGGGGUGGGGCGGGUGUGGUCUGGAGUCGUCUGAAGCUUCCGGGAGGAGGGUGGGAUCGAGCAUCUGGCCCACAGCAGACACCCCGUUUCUGCUCCUUGUCUCCGAGCAGCCCAACAGUGACAGCAGCAUGAGUGCCCCCCAGCCUGCCGUGCCAGAGCUGAACCAGCUGAGGAGGCUGGAGGCCUGGCAGGAAAGGUAUGCAGUCGGGACCCUGCGGUCUGCCACCCUGGAGCCCUGGCCUGCGACUCAGCGCAUGCCUCAGUUUACCCAUCUGGGUGGAGGUUCUCCUCUACGGGGGUCUGAUCUGCAAAGCAGACCUUGUGCCCAAGACAGUCUGCUCUCUGCUGGGUUCGGCCAUGCCAGGGUCCCCUGCCCUCAGCGCUACUUUUCCGGGUGGUAUUGAUGGAGCUGAAAAGUGAGGUCCCUGCCUAAGGGGUGCCGUCCUGAUAUCCUGAGUGCUGGAGUUGGGCUCUUCUCAUUUUUGGGGACAGUGGGACCAGAGUGGGGGGACCAGCCCAGAGCUGCACGAGGGCCAGUCUGGAGCCUGGGCUUGCCCUCCUGGCGGGGCGGACGGGGAGGGUGGACACCAAACUCCACAGGCCCGGAUCGCCUUCCCCCACUGCCUGGGCAGAGGAGCACCCCUGGGCGGGGACAAGCAGGGUUCCCUGGAGGAGGGCAGGAAGGAGAAUGGCAGGGUGGGAUGGGGGGAGAGGGAUUCCCAGAAGGACCCCCUGGACUGGCAAGGCCAGCAGGAGGUCCAGUCAUUGGCCAUGCUGGGGUCCCUGCUCUGUUGUCACUCCGAUUCCACAGAUGUCCCAGCCUAGUGACACCUGUUUUCACACUUAAGGGUCACCUGUGGUACUUUGUUAAAAUGCUGUUUCCUGGGCCCCCACCCAGAGAGUGCAUUUAAACACAUGUUCAGAUGGUUCUGCUGGGGGCACUCAGGGCCAUUUAACAAAGUCCUGCCGGCUGUGUGCCUGCCCUUCCUCGAUGCACCUUUGGGGGAAGGCAGACACGCACCAAGCAGUUCUCUUUCUGGGUAAAAGAAGCGGGGAUGGGGAGCUCCAGGAAGGGGACCAGCCGAGGCAAAGCCACAGAGGGAAGUUAGGGCUGCUGUGGCGUCGGGGCCGGAGGCCUGUGCCGCGGCACUGGGGGUUGGGGCCUCUACCUUGGAAGGCCUUGAAUGGGAGGCGGAGAUGCUGAGGGCACCAGGAGAGCUUGGGGAGGCAGCCCCCCCGCAGGGCUCCUGUGGGCACUGAACAAUGAGCCCGGAGCAAGUCACUCGGGUUGCCAUGGCAACAGCUUCCCAGCUGCUCCGAGCUGGGGAGGAGGCCAAGGGCCCAGUAGGAAAGACCCCAGGAAGGGGCUUUGCAGGAUACCGGAGACAGCUGGGGAUGCACAAAAGCCCUGAGCUCGCCCACCAUGUGACCUUGGCCUUCUGGUCUCAGGCUGCUGUUCGUUAAAUGGGCCUAAGGGCUGAGCCCAGGUGGGUCCUGUGUUGCCCCAGGGAGAGCCCGCAAUCCCAGGUGCUGAGUGCCCCAGCUCCAGCAGUGGGAUGGGGGAGGGGCCGGGACCCUCUGGGGGAUGUGCAGGUAUGCGCAUGUGCUCUCCUGGCCCUGAGGACUGGGACAGUGCAGGACAGGCAUGGCAGGGAGUGGGGAGCCCAGGCCUGGCGUUGCCUUGACCCCCACCCACCCUGCAGGCCAUGGUGGGUGCCCGGGAGAAGGGCCCUCGGGUGGGCCAGCGGCUGCCCUCAAUCAUGGUGGAGCCCGGCAAGGGGGGUGCCGUGGCGAGCGGGGAGCUGUGUUGGCCUCCGGAGGGCGCCCAGAGGGGGUCCACCCAGAGCCAGGCUGCUGCUCCUCCCUCACCGAGUCUGCCGGGAGCACCAGGGAAGGUUCCAGAUGACGCUGGCAGCAAGCGUGCCAGCUCUGAGGACCAGUCCCCCUGCACCCAGUGAUGAGACGAGGACAUGGCCAGAUUCCGCUGUCCCUGGGCUCUGACAGCUGGGAGGGCCUCAGCCCCAGAGCGGCCUGGGCCUGCCCGGGCGCUCAGUAGGCAGAGCUGAGCUACCACCUCCGGCCUCACCAGCUCCGCCAGCACUGCAAGCCCCGGCCCUCUCCUGUCCACAGCCCAGGGUCCGGAUCACACCCCUCCUUGUUCUCUGGUUGGAAGCAGAAAUAAAGACUCUUCCUGGUGGUCAGGGGGUGCACUUGGUGGGGAUUCGAGGAGCUAAGGACAAUUUUGGUUCUGCCAGUGGCCUUCCAGGCAAGGGCCUCUGUUCAGAGCCCGUGCUGACCAGACCAGAGUGCCCAGUGAGUGACCACUGGGUGUUCCACACUGGGGGUGAGGGUGGUUGGCGGGACUGUCGUGUUUGCUGCUCUGGCGCCCUGCCUAGGGCCCUCUGCUCUGCUCGGCCUCAGCUGAGGCUGUCCAAGGAUAGACCAGCUUCCUCUAGGUGGCCUCCCCCCCUCCUUGGGGCCUCCAGCCCUGGCUGGACCCCGAGGCAGGACUUUUCCUGUCACCCCCUACCCACUCUGGGUGCAGUAGGGCACAGGAAUGGUACAUGGGUGGGGUGCACUAUUCCAGCUUGAAUCUUAUUAAAUCCUUGCGUAAUCCCAUUGUAUGGAUGAGGAAGCGGAGGU